UAUUAAUAUGGUAACGAUAUUGUCGGGUUAAAUGUUAGCAUAUAGACAUUAAUAUUAUUAGUGUUAAAUAAAGUAAAUAUGUAGGGGAGAGAAGGGGUAAAACGGGGUACUUAAGAACAUACAAAAUUUUCGAAGACUCAAAUUUGCUCAAUCUUUUUUUUUUUAAUGAUAUUCAAAGUCUUGGAGAAAAUAAAAAAAAAAUAAAUUUAAUUAAAGUGAUACAAGAACAAGUGGUAAAAUAAUAAAAAUAAUUAUUGUUAGUAAUGACGACAGUAUAUUCAGCUGAUGAAGUUGCAAGUCAUGAUAAUGAAAAAGAUCUAUGGAUGAUAAUCCACGGUGGAGUUUAUAAUCUGACUAAAUUUUUGCAAGAGCAUCCUGGAGGUGAGGAAGUUCUGCUAAAUCUCGCUGGGCAAGAUGGCACUGAGUGCUUUGACGAAAUGGGACACACAGCAGAAGCUGUGCAGUUAAGAGAGACAUUAAAAAUAGGAGUUGUUGCCGAAGGUGGUACCGGAGUAUCAAAAUCAUCAAUCGGGUCAAGUAAAAACUCACCGACUGUUGAUGAUGAUGAUUGGGAAUAUCAAGAACCAAAAAAAGAGUCAUCUACUACAGCUUAUAUUUUCAUUGGUAUACUCGUACUUGUUUAUGCACUUAUAUAUAAAUAUAUUUUAUAAAUACUUAUUACUAUUAAAUUUACUCAUGAAUUUUUUAAAAUAAUAAAUAUUCAGUUUCAUUAUAUGUUAUAUUGUUAUAAAUAAUAUAUAUGUAUACAUAUUUAUGUUUUGUGGAAAAUAUUGUGGAUAUUGAA